AUGAAGGCGCCGAGGAGACCGAGGCAGACGCGGCUCCUCCCCCGGUUCUGCGUCUGUGGAGUCGGUCUGGUCGCAGCCGCCUGGAUCUUCCAAUUCAAUGAUGUUACAGGACCCACUGUGGAUCGUGACAUCUCCUUGUCAAAGAGAGAGCUCAUCCAGCAAAAAGAAAACAACCAGACUGACAGUAUUUCUAGAUCCGCUAUCAAUGAGUUCCCUGAAGAUAUCUUUACUCUGGAACAAAGGAGACAGGGAGCAGUAAUCCUUCAUGUUCUCUGUGCUAUCUACAUGUUUCAUGCGCUGGCAAUCGUGUGCGAUGUUUACUUUGUGCCAUCACUGGAAAAAGUAUCAGAGAACCUUCAGCUCAGUCAGGAUGUUGCCGGGGCAACCUUCAUGGCAGCUGGGAGCUCCGCUCCCGAACUCUUCACCUCUUUGAUUGGGGUGUUUAUCACAAAGGGAGAUGUGGGUGUGGGAACUAUUGUGGGAUCAGCUGUCUUUAACAUCCUGGUCAUCAUUGGCAUCUGUGGCAUCUUCUCCAGACAGCCCAUCUCUCUGAGCUGGUGGCCUCUGUUUCGUGAUAGUGUUUUCUACAUCCUGUCCAUACUGGUGCUUAUCCUGGUCAUCUAUGAUGAAAAAGUCUUGUGGUGGGAGACCAUCAUCCUGAUCUCUAUGUACGGAAUCUACAUAAUCAUCAUGAAGUUCAACAGAUCUCUGUGCAGCCUGGUAGAGAGACACUGCAGCAGGGCGGGUCAGCCAUGUCUGAGCAGUGUGCGACGGACGACUGCCGUCGGAAACGUCGGAGACUGUGACAACGACAUGGUGCCGCUGAAGCCAGACUCGUGUGUGGUGGCCGGUCAGGAUACAGGGGUGGUGAUGGUGGAUGAGAUGCUGAACCUACACCCCCACCAGCUCUCCUUCUCAGAGGCAAGCCUCCGCCUUCUAAUCACCCCGCAUUUCCCCCCCUUCACCCGCUUGCACAUGGCAGGACGCAUGGUCAUUAACGAGAGGCAGAGGCUGAUUCGGGCUCGGGUUGGCCCAGAGGAGGGGGCAGCUUCAGGGGAGGAGGGUUCGGGUGCUAGCGGGCCAUGGGAGAGGGAGAACGGCACGGUGGCCGAGGGAGACAGGCAGACGCUGGAGGCAGAGAGGGAGAGGGGUAAAGAGAUGGGGGGGGGGGCAGGUGGGGGAGCGCAGUCCAAUGAUGAAGAGGAAGAGGAGGAAGAGCAGGAGGAAGGAGAGGAGGAGAACGCUCCUUUCAAACCUUUCAUCCUGCCAGAUGGUUGGUGUGUGCGUCUGAAGUGGCUGUUCUCCUGGCCUGUGAGCGUCCUGCUUUACUGCACCAUCCCCGACUGUAACCUGCCGCGAUGGGAGCGCUGGUACCUGCUCACCUUCCUGUCCUCCACGCUUUGGAUAGCCCUCUUCUCCUACCUCAUGGUCUGGAUGGUGACCAUAAUCAGCUACACACUUGGAAUCCCAGAUGUCAUCAUGGGCAUCACUUUUCUGGCAGCCGGCACCAGUGUCCCUGACUGUAUGGCCAGCCUCAUCGUCGCCCGACAAGGGAUGGGUGACAUGGCCGUGUCCAACUCCAUUGGCAGUAACAUCUUUGAUGUGCUGCUGGGCCUGGGCUUCCCCUGGGCACUGAGGACUCUCAUAGUCAGCUAUGGAUCAGUGGUGACUAUCAACAGCAAAGGCCUGGUGUACUCAGUGGUUCUGCUGUUGGCCUCAGUCACACUUACUGUCCUGUGCGUCCAUCUGAACCACUGGAGGUUGGACCGCAGGCUGGGGCUCAGUCUCAUGCUUCUCUACGCCAUCUUCCUCCUCUGCUCUGUCGGCUUCGAGAGGCUGUAGAGGACACA